AAAAAAAAAGAAGUAAAAUAAAACAUUUGUUUGCUAGGUCAUGAUAAUCAAAUAUUCACGACGAUUGGAAAUUACAACAUCAAAAGAUGUUCCUCUUAUAUAAUUACUGAGGUAAAUUUUUUAAAAUAAAUUAAUUGUUUUAUUUUAUUUGAAAAUACUAUUAAUGGUCCACGUUCGAAAGAUGCUGAUGAAUCAACAAAUUCAAUAUAAAACUCUGAAUGAUAUGAUUUAUUCGAAUUGAACGUUGGGAUUUUAAAAAGGUCUAACAUUUCAAAAAGAGAAAGAUAUUUUAUUUAAAUUGUUCGAUACUUUUAAUGUAUAUUCUUUUCUAGUAUGUGAAGGUCGUCGUUCAUCUGAUUUAUAUGCCAUACGGGUUGCUUUAAAUCUUUUUUAUGGAUUGUAAUACAACAUAAAACAAAAUUGAAUUAGCCAAUUGUAAUGAAAUAUUUUAUGCUGAUAGAGGUCUUGAUUAAUUCGUGAAAAUAAUCAUAUUAAUAUAUAUGAUGCUUAACAAAAAUGUUCAUGAGCAAGUGUAAGAAAAGGCAAAGUUAAAUAUACAAUGUGGUCAAAUGAUACGAAUUACUUAUCAUUAUUAGGAUGAUUCAGGUGUUUUUCGUCAUACAACACUAAAUCAUAUUAAGUAUGCAUUUAUUAAUGAUGAUCAUGGAAUUAUUCAUAUACUUGAUUUAUAUAUUUGUAUAACAAAAGUUAAAGUAAUAGAAAAUACGAUGAAGCGUGAUGCACGUUCACCAAAAUUAUUUUAUCCAGCAGUUGGAUUUAAAUUAGAAAAAUUAGUUGUACGUUGUGAAAUCGCUUAUCGUUUAACAAAAAAAGGAAAGUUUCAAGAUCAACAAUGA